AAAAAAACAUAUUACAAUGUCUACAAAUCUCCACCUUGCGACCGCGGUGGUAGUCCUCCUCCUCCUGACUGCGAGCCAAAGCGGCGUAGCGGCUCGGCGGGUUACUCGAGGUGGGCGUGAUCCGUGCUCCGUGUCAGAUUUCAAGGUGUUGUGCAGAUCAGUGGUGAAAGGACAAAAGAACGUUAACGCAGCGACGGAGGUGUCCAUAAGAGAGCUGAUGAAAAGAACGAUCAAGGCGAAAGAAGCUGCCAAGAUUGGUCGGAAAAGUGGCGGAGGACUCAAGACUUGCUACUCAAACUACGACAGUGCGCUUGACAAUCUACAAAAAGCGUUAAAGAACAUCAAACAGAAUGAUGGGUUUAGUCUUAACAUCAAUCUUAGUGCUUCCUUGACGGACUUUGAUACGUGCAAUGACGCCAUGGCUGGUGGUAAAGGUUCCAAUGUCUUUGCCAAAUCCACAAGCACGUUGCAUGAAAUGGCUGAUAAUUGCUUGGCUCUCUCUACCCUCGUCAAACAAUAAUAAUAAAAGCCAAAAUGUAAUUAUUUUAAAUUGAACAGACAAAACAAAGAAAAGAAGGAAUACAGUUUGAUCUUACAGUAGAUGUUUUUGGUUACCUCUUGUGUACAGUUUCGGAAUGUUUUGAUCGUUGUAUUGUGUGAUUAAGAGAGGUUUCUA